GAACAACGAUACGCUACAAUCCCAACUCUCCGCCUAGAAACGGGCUUUGUGUUGUCAAACAUCACCGUCGCAUACACCUGCUACGGCACCUUGAAUGAGCGCAGGGAUAAUGCCGUGGUCAUCUGCCAUGCAAUGACUGGCAACGCAGAUCCCAAGGGCAGUUGGUGGAAGUCGAUAUUUGAUACACCGGAUGCGGUCCUGAAUGAUCCGAGACUAUGUGUAUUCUGCCUCAACGUUCUCGGUUCUCCCUACGGUUCAACGUGCCCACUCUCUUAUAUCGACAACGAUCCGGCGAGAGGAACGUGGGGCCGCAAGUUUCCCAUCACCACCAUUCGUGAUGAUGUUCGUCUCCACAAACUUGUGCUCGACAACAUUGGCGUCCGCUCGGUGGCGUGCGUCAUCGGGGGUUCGAUGGGCGGUAUGCAGGCUCUGGAAUGGGCCUAUCUGGGCGACGAGUAUGUGAAGUCCAUCAUUGUCAUGGCAUGUGGAGCACAGCAAAGUGCAUGGGCAUUGGGCCAAAAUCACCUCCAGCGUAAUCUCAUCAUACAAUCUUCGGACGCUCCCGCUUCGCUGGCCGCAGCCAGGGUGGCCGCGAUGAUGACGUACAGGUCCUACGCAAGCAUCAACAGACGAUUUCCGCGCAAAGACCGUCUCCUCCCCGACGCCAAUCAUGACCCCACGUGCCAAUAUGCGGUUCAAAGCUACUUGAAUUAUCAGGGAGCAAAGUUCGUGUCGCGAUUCGAUGCGAAUUGCUACCUUGCGAUUAUGGACAAGCUGGACAGCCACGAUCUGAUACGACGGCCUAACUCCGCAACGGCUUCGUCACCUACUGACACUGCAGAGGCUAUAUGCAUUCGGCAGCCUGCGCUCAUCAUCGGCAUCACGAGCGACACCCUCUACCCACCCAUCGAGCAGCGGAAUAUGGCUGAGAGUAUCCCAAAGGCAGAGCUCCAUAUCCUUGACAGCGAGGAGGGUCACGACGCCUUUCUUCUGGAGCCGAUCCGCAUCAAUAAGCUCAUGGCAGACUUCAUGUAUCAGCAUCUGCCUGUGAUUUCAUAG